UCCCCCGUCCUAUUUUUAGGGUGGGACAAGCACUCGUACGGCUACCACGGAGACGACGGCCACUCCUUCUGCUCCUCCGGGACCGGCCAACCGUACGGCCCGACGUUCACCACGGGGGACGUGAUCGGCUGCUGUGUCAACCUCAUCAACAACACUUGCUUUUACACCAAAAAUGGCAUCAGUUUAGGUGUAGCCUUCACAGACCUCCCUCCCAACCUGUACCCCACCGUGGGGCUGCAAACUCCGGGAGAGAUCGUAGACGCUAACUUUGGCCAGCAGCCGUUUGUCUUCGACAUCGAGGACUACAUGAGCGAGUGGCGGGCCAAGAUCCACGGCAUGAUCGCCCGCUUCCCCAUAGGAGAGAGGCUGGGGGAGUGGCAGGCUGUCCUGCAGAAUAUGGUGUCUAGUUACCUGGUGCAUCAUGGGUACUGUGCCACCGCAACAGCCUUUGCCAGAGCCACAGAGACCCUGAUACAAGAGGACCAGACAUCUAUAAAGAACAGACAGAGAAUACAGAAGCUGGUGCUGGCAGGACGGGUGGGCGAAGCCAUAGAGGCUACUCAACAGCUCUACCCCGGCCUGUUGGAACACAACCCCAACCUACUAUUCAUGUUGAAGUGUCGUCAGUUCGUGGAAAUGGUGAACGGUACAGACAGCGAGGUUCGCUGCUUGUCCAUCCGCUCACCCAAGUCCCAGGACAGUUACCCCGGCUCACCCAGCCUCAGCCCCCGCCACGGAGCCAGCAACACACACCUGCACGCCGGAGGAGCCGACAGCCCGACCUGCAGUAACGGAGUGACUCCCCCCAACAAGUCAAAGACCCACGGCGGCACUGGCGUCGGCGGCAUCAAAUACCCCAGCGGGUCCUCCUCCGCCUCCUCUUCCACCUCCUCCUCCCCGUCCUCCGUCAACUACUCCGAGUCCAACUCCUCCGACUCCACUAAGAGCCAGCCACACAGCGCUAACAGUACCCAGGAAACCAGUGACAGUGAGAUGGAGAUCGAAGCAGAGCACUAUACCAACGGGGUUGUCGAGGGCUCCUCGGCGCGGAUCAUGAAUGGCACAUACAAACACGAAGAGAUCCUUCAGCCUGAUGACAACAGCAUUGGCAAUGGGGUGACAGCAGAUGAGAGUUGUAGUAAUGGCAGACAGCUGUGUGGAGGGAACCAGGCAGCCACAGAGAGGAUGAUUCAGUUUGGACGGGAGCUGCAGACACUCAAUGAACAGCUGUGCAACGAGUAUGGCAAGAACGCCACGCACAAGAAGAUGUUACAGGUAUGCACAUACAUACAAAAGUUUUUUUUGUUUUUUUUUCUUUUUCCUGUUGGCACCAGUUAGAAAUCCUGGUGGCAGCAUUCUGUCAGGAAUUUGAGUAAUGUUUGAGGAUGUGCUGCGAUAGAGAAGACCCGACUGUAACAGGUGGUGGUUCGUUUCUCUGGUGCACAGGAGAAGGCUCAUAUUACUUUGUACUGCAGGCUGUGUCCACAGAGAACAACAGUCUCUGGAAAAACAUCGGAACGAUAAAGGUUCUGUAGUUCUCUGUGAAACAGACCGCUUUCUAAUACACGAAUUGUACACUAAUUGCAUUAUAGCAAAACCUCUAUCACAACAAAAUUCGCCCAAGAAGGACGUUUAUUUUUGAAUGACCUGCUACUUCACAGUGUUCUUCCACUGUUGCAUUCAGUAAUGUUCAACCACCUGUUUUUGCCACUUGAAUAAAGUUCUUUCUCGUCAUAUGUUUGAUUAUGUUAACCUCUGUGUUAAGUCCUGUGCCACGUGUCGGGCAGAAAGCAUACAGUUUAGGUUCCAGAUGGUACAUGACACACGUGGGAUUCAAACACGAUGUCUGUGCGCAGCCAGCGAAGCGAAGCGGUGAGCUGCAGGAGGCUAAAAUCUGCACAGAACUGCUAGAUUGAGUGAUGAUACUCGGCGAGUGUGACACAGACAAGUCCAGAGUUGAUCAGUAGUUUUUCUGUCUUUUCUCUACAGACCCAAAUGGUCUUGUAGACUCAAUAAUGUCUCAAUAAUUCAUAUUUAGCAAUAAGUGAAUACUAAUAACUGACUUGUGAAGGUGUCUGUGUGGGUGUCAAGUUGCCUGACUGAGACAAAAAUUUAGACCAGAGAUUAUAUUACAAUUGCUAUAUAUAUAUAUAAAUAUUUAUAUAUAUAAAUAAUACACACACACACAGAGAGUUGUGUGAAAAAGUGUU